UUUGUUCGAAUUUUAGGUGGUUGAUUUUGAGGUUGGAGGCGAGAGUCCGUUGGAUGGAAGGGGGAGGGAAGAGGGAAGAAGAGUCCUCAGUACGAAAUUAUAAAGGACGAAAGGGACGAAGGGGACGCGAAAACAGUCCGAGACCGAGACAAGCAAACAGGAAAGAGGAAACAGGAAACAGGAAAAAAGGAACGGAGGAGUCCGAGCAACGAAACAGGCAAGGAUAGUAGAGGUUGAUCGCAGGGUGAGGAGGUCGGUACGGAUACGGAUGGCGCAGAGUCGAGUGGGUGUGAGCACGAGUUGGAUCGGCAGGCGAGAAUGGUCGGACGAGGACGAGGUCGAGGGCGAGGGCGAGGUCGAGGUCGAGAUAGGGAUGGAGACGUCGAAGUCGGGGUCGGGGGAGUCGAGAAGACGAGAGGGACGACGCGGCUGAGAUGGGGCUCGAGACGAGACGACACGAGACGGGAUAUGAAGGAACGCGGAGGGAACGCGGAGAAAAGGGAGGGGAAGGGUAUGGAGGCGUCCGAACAACAAGCAGGCGAAACCGGAAAUAGAACGAAGACCGAAAGAGAGAGGAACGAACCGAAGCAAGGAAAAGAGAGUCGAGAGGCGAGAAUUAACGAGCGAGAGGAGGAGGGACUAGAGCAAAAACACAAAGACGAGAAAGGAGAGGAGAGUAUUUGACGGACGACGGACGACGCAAAUAGAAAAUAGAAAAUAGAGAUGGAAGAUUAAUGAACGGCAGACGAAGAGACGGAGAAAGAAGCCACACCACGCACUAAACACACCCCAAACAGACGCAAACGAGCGACCAAAGUUCGUGCCCAUGCCCCAACAGCCCAAUAUACGACGAACGACGAACGAAGACCGAAGACGACAACGUCCCAAAACCGAGAAAAAAAACAGUCCAAAAGAGCGAAGACGAA